AUGAUAAAAGCAUUGCGUUCCGGUUUAUCGAAAAACCCGUUCGGAAAGUGUAACCGAAGUUUAUGGCAGUGGAUCGAAGAUUCGUUCAACGUGCAAGUGUUUUGUUUUUUUUUUUUUUGUUAUUAUGAUUUAAUUAACUUAGUUUUAUACGGAGUGAUUCUUUUAUCACGAACGAGCGAUUUUCUCGGUGGUUUUUAAGUGAAUUUCAUUUCUUUUUUUUAAUCAUUGUUGAAUCGAUUGAGUUUCAGUUAAACACUAUUUCCAAUUUUACCCAUACUCCUUAUACCUGAAAUGAGUAUCCACUUUGGUUUUUAAAUAAAAAUCACUCCCUCUCACUACUUCAAUGGCUGAUUCAAAUAGUAGAGAAUAUUUUUGUAGAAAUUUCGAUACGUAUAACACCUAUCAGAUUUACCGUUUUUUUUUUUUUUUAAGUUUUUGAAAUAGUACGUUUUCCUACGUUUUAUCCCACUUGAGUGCUUUUAUCUAGAAAAUGACCUUUAAAAUAUAAUCUAGACAAUUUGCGUUCAAAAAAAGUCUACACUAAAAAACAGCGAACUCUCUUGCAGGGAAACCGUAGAUACGUCCAGGAGGGCAUUCAAAUAUUUAAAUAAAAUAUAUCCGUUUUAUAUUGAAUCAUUAGAUGUUUUUUUUUUUUUUCGUAUUUCCCCAAGUAGAGACUAUUGCACUGUAUCGUGUCUUCAGUGGUUGAACGUUGAACAUUUCAUGAAAUAUUUCUUUAUUCUUAGAUUCUAAACGUAGCGAGUGAAAAAUUUUUAAAUUUUAAUGAUUCGAUUAUUGAACAGUCUUCUGAUGAAUAAUAGAUCACAUUGAAAAUAUAUGAUUUUUGUUCCGGGGGUUUUUUUUUUUUAUGAAAUUUAAAACAAUUAGAUAAUAUUUUUUGAUGUAAGUUGAGUACAUAAUUAGGAAAAAAUAACUAAUAUUAACAAUAGUUGAUUUUGAUCAAGGGUGCUUUGACAAAUUUACAUUAAAUUUAUGGGAUCCCGUUACAAAAACGUUUGAGGAACACUGCUGUAUAUUGUUACUAAAGUAGUAACAACCGUGUAAAUCAGAUAUUUUAUUCCGUGUGUAAUUCUGUUAUAAAAUUAUAGGUACGACGACGACCGUAUCAAAGAAAUCGGUCCUAACAUGGCGUGCGCCGAAUGGUUAAUGAAAAACGGCGCCCAAGUCCGUUGGAAAGGUUGUAAAGAGUUCGUAAGUCAUUACGAUUGCUUGCCGCAUACGCAAUGCGGUUUCCUCGAACAGUUCAAAAUCGAACAAGUGUACGCCGGAAGAGAGGCUUCUAUAUCGCAUGUAGGGUUCCGUCAUUUCCGUACGUAUCUUUACUAAUCGCCCGGUCAAAACAUUAUUGUUAUAAAAAUCUCCAUUUCAUCUUCUCGCGAAAAAAAAUAACGAAUUUUCUAUAACGUAUACGAUUGUUUUGAAAUUGUACAGAAGACUGUACCGAAAUUUCCGACGUCUCGUUUGUCCAGUGCAAUACGAUUACUAACGAAGCGUUAAACGAACUUUUGAUCUUAAGAUCCAAUUUGAAACGUUUAGAAAUCGACGGUUGUGUCAACGUUACCCGAGAAGGAAUACUGAAAUUGCAACAUCUACAGUAAGACCUAUAAGAAUAUUAACGAAUGAAUUUUCGUUCCGGUAAAAUCGACAACGCACGUCUAAUGAAUUGUUUGUUUUUUAUUUUUUUUUUUUUUUUUAUUUUGCAAAUUGAUUAUAGCUCAUUAAAGCUAUUGGAAUUGAAAAAUUUAAGAAUCAAUAACGACUCCGAACUUAUCUAUAGCUUGGAGAACAAAAUGCCAAACUGUGAAAUACAUUAUGCGAGCAAAUCGCACGAAUGA